AUGGCGUCAGACCCACCCAUCCUGACAGAGCAGGAGGAGCUGCAGAGAAGAGCCAAUCAAGUCACAGAUGAGGUAAUUGCUGGACGUUUUUUCAAGAAUAUUUCACUAACUGGAUUAGCCUCAUUAAACACAAAUACUUGACAUUUCACACAGUCUUAACUCAUAGACUAGUUGAGGUGUUGUCUUUAAACAGCCUUUGUCUCAAAUAGUUCAUCAUCUGAAUCUUACGUCCACCUUGAGCAUGAAAUGUCCAAAAAGACAAAUAAAUAUAGCUUCCUGAAUCCCAGAGGGAUAUGUUUCUGUGUCUGUCCCUUCAAUUUAAAACAUUGGACCAAUGAAAGUUGAAUUAUUCGGGGGUUGCUGCAUUUAGUUGUGUUGCAUUCUUAGUUGUGUUGGGCAUAACUUGGUUGUCUGUUGACCAUUUAGGGUCCCUGUAAAUACGUGAGUUCAUGUCUAGCUCUGUUAAAGUUAAAUAGUUGUAUACUGUCCCUGUCAAAAGGUAAACAAAUAAAUAAGUCUGUCAAAAAAUAAAGCAGGUUACCAAAAUAUAAAGAGAUACGACACAACUUGCACACAAUGUGAGACAACAUGUAGACACAGAGAGUCACUGACAAGCUGUAAAAUACACUCCUCUGCCUGAGGGGACUGUCCCCUCAGGCUUACCUGGUUUCCAUAGAGACCAAUGGUCUCCCAUUGCAACAAUCUGUAGAGAGACGCCUCGUAUUGAUGAGCUCAUAUGCUCAGUGUGGGGUGGUGAUACACACACAUGCGCACACACUCCCUGGUGUGUAAAGGCUACUGUAGGUCAAAGCCAUUUGUCACCUCAUCAUCCUCUCAGCGGGGAAAUCCUAAGGGAUAGGUUUGAUAUUUACACAGUGCACACACACACACACACACACACACACACACACACACACACACACACACACACACACAAGAAGCAUCAAAUGGACUAAUAAUAAUAAUGGAUGCUCAACAUUUUCUCUAUCCUUCAGUCUUUGGAGAGCACACGGCGGAUGAUGCAGCUGGUUGAGGAGGUAUAUCUGAAAAUAUAAACAUACACACACACACACACACACACACACACAAAGUUGAUGAGAUAAAUAUAUACUGGAAUAACCAGCGAACCCUAAAGCACACAACAACUGAUUAUAAAAAAAAUGAAGAUAGAGAGAGAGACAGAGAGAAAGCAAACCUCAUCAUGAAGUUUAUUCUCAUUAUCCUCUUGUUAGUGUCAUUGUCUUUACAUUAGCCGUCUGUGUUUCCACGAGAAGAGGAAAUUUCCACAGACAGUGUAUCAGUUAAACUAAAAUAAGACCUUGGUGAGCUGCAGAUGUAAUUAUGGGUUUGACUCACUGAAAACUGAAGCAGGUGAGUGUCCAGAGUAAACAGCGGAGCAUAUAGACACUUUGAGUAAACAGCGGUAGGCUUUCUGACAAACUGUACAGGCACAGUGGCAACAACAGUAACUGCAAAAAGAAGCCUAGGUUAUCCAAAAGUACCCAGAUAGCCAAUGAUAUCAGUUCACCUCUAUAAAAAUCUAUGUACACUUUCUGCAGAGGAAGAAUCAGUAACAUCAGGACAUGUUUGACAAGAUUUGAAAGAGGUGUUUCAGUGCAUGACAAUCACAUCUGCUGCAAGUUUGUUUUCAUUCAGUUUAGCUAAGUGAAUGUCUGUAUGACAGAGGAGUAAUCGUGGAUUAGUACAGCUUGGUAUUUGUGGUGUCUUCAUGUAGUUUUCUGUCCUUCUCCCUGCAGAGUAAAGACGCUGGGAUCAGAGCUCUGGUGAUGCUGGAUGAACAAGGAGGUAAUUUCUGAUCAGACCUUGUUACCUUUCUGAUGGUACAAAGUUUUUUGUCUGAUCAAUCAGCGCUGUGUCUAUCAAGUUUUUUACUUAUCGGCCUUUUGUAUUUCUGAAAAGUGAUAUAACAACAUGACUUUCAGCUUGGUUAUUUUAAUAUUAAAUGAAUUUAUUCUUUGCCAUUGAACCCAUUUUUGCACACAGUUCAAAACUGUGGUCUUUGAAUGUAUUUGGAUGAGAAGAAAACUUUUGGAAACACAAAAAUAUUAAGAUCACUGAUUCUUAUUUGCUCUGUAAGUACUUAUAGAUUUAAAGAUAAAUAAUCAAUACUUUUACAAAACUUUACGUUAGUUUUAAUGCACCUCUAAAUGCUUUAUUUAAAGUUGUUUUCUAUGAGGACUGUCAAUACGAUCUGUGCAUGUUGGUAUGAACAUCCCCUGAACAAAUCAGAUCAGCUGUUUGAAAGCACCUGUCACACAGACGUGCACGGCACAUCUCAGUCAGUGUUACAGCAACCAUAAACCCCCUGUCCCUCACAGAGCAGCUGGAGCGUAUUGAGGAGGGCAUGGACUCCAUCAACAGGGACAUGAGAGAGGCAGAGAAGAAUCUGACAGACAUGGCCCAGUGCUGUGGUCUGUGUAUUUGGCCAAUCAGGAAGUAGGUCUGGUUUUUGGGAGCAACACCUGCACCUGAGUGGUGGCUGAGGAGCCCAAAGAGGUGCCCAGGUCCAUUAAAUAAGCUCUUAAAUAGGAAUUUUUCGCAGUUUAAUUCCUCUUUAUGCACAAAGUGGAAUUUACUGAACUAUCAUGUAAUCCUUGGUGGAGUAUUUGGCUAUAGUUACAGCCCACACUUCAAUCCAGCUGAGUCAAAAAGAGAGUGAGAAAGCUUAAUGGAACUGGGCCCUCAGGUCAGAGUGUAAACAGCAGCUUUUACAUUGAUGCUCUGCACUGUUUUCAUCACUUUUUGCAGAGUUAUGGUUUAUGCAAAGUCACCUUUGAUUUUUGAGUGCAUCACUGGGGUCUUAGUUUUGGGGUGUUCACUUGCUGGUGGUUGGUUUUUUAGUUCAGCUGUAGGAUCUUUGCAAACAGUGGGUGAUUUUGUUGUUCUUUUUUUUUGGCUUUUGUUCCACUUUGCCCCUCCACAACACUCUCUCUCCUUCUUAUUUGUGCGUCUCUUUACCUGCUGAUUUCCUGCUCCUCCUUCUUCACUCCCACUACCACAUCCACCUCUUUCUUCUUUACCCCAUUUCUUUCCUCUCCUUUCUUUCCUUCUUCUGCAUACUUCUCCAACCAUCCACCCUCCUCCUCCUCCUGGUUCUCCUCUCAUAGAGCAGUUGGAGCGCAUAGAGGAGGGUUUGGAUCAGAUCAACUCUGAUAUGAAGGAGGCAGAAAAAAACCUGACCGACCUGGGCAAGUGCUGUGGCCUCUGCGCCUGUGAUAAGUAGGUGGAGAAGCGCGUGUGCGUGCGUGCAUGUGUGUGUGCUUGAUUGGUACAGAUUAUUUGAGGGUAAGUAUUGUUUAAUAGUGGAGUGCCCUGUUUCAUGUGCAUCGCGAAAUUCCUGAAUAUGUGUGUCACUUUAGUUUCAAGUUCAGGUGUAGUUCUGGUUAGUCACUCAUGUUUCCUUUGUUGCAUGUUUGCUUUGCUAUUACAGUUGUGAACUGUUCGUAAGUCAUUGAACAUCAUGGCUGUAAAAGUCGAUGGAUAAAUGAACCACAGCCAAACCCAUACUGGAAUGACAGCAGUUAUGUGUUACACCCAUAGACUGUUGGUUGUAUUACUGGACAACUAAUUCUCAUUGAAGGCUUAAUGUUUAUUUAGGAGGUUUUGAAAACCAAACUGUACUCUAACAUGAGGACCUAUAAAUUUUAGAUUCAUGCUGCAGGACUAUGUGGGUGCAGGAUGGUUCUUAUGCAUCACUUUCAACAGUCUGAAAUCAACACAAACACAUUUAUAAGGUCACCUUCUCUCUCUCUUUCUUUUUAAGGCUGAAGGCCUUUGAGGAGAGCGGGGCAUACAAGGCAGUUUGGGGCGGGGCCUCUGGUCAGGAUGGCAUUGUGUCCAAUCAGCCCCCUUCAUCUCGAGUUGUUGAUGAGAGGGAGCAAAUGAUCAUGAGCGGAGGAUACAUCCGGAGGUGCACAGAGAGUUUAAUGAUCUGUGUUAUUGUCUGAUUAGUUCAGAGAGGCAGCUGUGGUGUGUGUUUGCUUUUCUUCAGAGCAGACUGACGUGUAAUACAGCCAGUCAUCAGUCAUAGAGGCAGCUGGUCAAACACAGGGCAUCAUUACUUUAACACACACACACAUGCUUUGUUCCACUCUCUCUCAGAGUGACUAAUGAUGCCCGAGAGGAUGAGAUGGAGGAGAACCUGGCUCAUGUUGGCAGCAUUGUCGGAAACCUGAAGAGUAUGGCCCUGGAUAUGGGCAACGAGAUAGACACACAGAACGUCCAGACUGAACGCAUACGGGGCAAGGUAUCACUGAUGCAUCUCAACAUGUACAUCAGAACUGCUCUAAAGGCAUCAGCAAACAGGUAUCAACACAUCAGUGUAUCUCUGACCCUGAGAUGCACAGAGUGCAAAGGAUACCUCAGUCCAUUUUCACCUUCAGUCAGCCCUAUUCAGAAACAUAGUUCAGACCUCAGGGGGCCCGUUUGUACGUCUGACAUCACAUCAGAAGACAAACCUUUUAGUAGCUAUCAUCCCCAGUCUCAAUGAACUCUGCACAGAAGAGGAGAGACCUUCAGUUGACCAAGCUAAGACCCCUCUGAUUGUAGUCUGCCACAACGACCCUCUUUAAGUAUAUGAUGAGUCCUUUAGUAUAGGGGACAUUAAAGGACUCAAGAGUUAAAAAACUGUCAUCAUGUAAAAUGUCAUCUAAGUACACAUCUUUUUUAGAGUAAGCCUCUUUUAUAAACAGAAAUAGAUCAGUCAGACAGCCGGUUAUUUAGGCCUGUAACUUGUGCAGCAGUAACCCUGGCUCAGCAGCUAUGUUGUGCAAGACCCCUGUCAGAUAAACUACUAAUCUAAAGCUCACCCUGCCUAAUUUUGGAAGUUAACAGUCUGAAUACUUGUCUAUACUUUAAUAUGAUGAAAAUAAAUCUCAAAAUACUUCCUUUUUUAUCUUUAAAAUGCUUUUUCCAUCCAGCCCAGGCUUUCAUUUUGACAUUUCAGACAACUGCAGGGGUGUGUAAUGAAGCAGAUCAGCUUGACAGAGGACUACAUUUCUUCAUACAUUUAUUUCCAAGCCCAGAGUUUAAAAAAAAAAUAGAAUCCAUGUGAAAAUGCAAUUUAAUUCCUGCAUGCUUUCUGCCUUAACAAAGCUUCCAUCUAUUUGCAUGUGUCAGUACUAUUAUCAGGCAAACCUGCUCACAGAGUUCAGGGGUUAAACUGUAUUUUCCAGCAGGCAGUUGAACCGUGUCAUUUAGUGGUGGCUUGCAUGAACACAAGUGUGGAGUUUAGUGUACAAUGGGUCUGGUAGGAUGAAAGCAAACCAGAGAGAGCCGCAGACAGACAAAAACGGCAGCUCAAGUGGAGCAGUGCUGAAAAGAGGUGCCGUUCAUAUUUUUUAUACACAAGAGAUAGUCCCUUCAACAGUUCGAGCACACAUUAACAUUUUCUGACUGUGAGGGAGUUGUUUUUACUUUUUAAAACACCUCUUUGUAUUUCAGUCAUUAAGACAUUGUGGGCAUGCCCAUUUAUCUUUUGGAGUAUGGAUGUUGAUGAGGCGAAGCAGUGUUCAAAAGAUGUUAAAAAAAAGAGCUCCAGGAGUUGUGGUUUUGUCUCUUUCAAUCAGUACAUCCUGUUUCUUGUCUCUGUCUGUCUCUAUGCAGGCUAUCCUCAACGUGUCCCGCAUUGAUGCUGCCAACCAGAAAGCGAACAACCUCAUGAAGCGAUAG